AACGCCCUUUCGUCGUCCAAGUGACGUUAUCGCGUAGGUUUACGUAAGGCUAGCGCUCCGGUUUCCUGGCGGAGAAGAUGGCGGCUCCUGGACCGGGGGAGUAUUUUAACGUCGGGAGCCAUGUCUCCUGCCUCACCUGCUUGGGGCAGCGUUUGCAAGGAGAAGUCGUGGCCUUCGACUACCCGUCCAAGAUGUUGACUUUGAAAUGUGCUUCCUCCAGUGGUAAGCCAAACCUCAGCGACGUCGUCUUGAUUAAUUUAGCCUAUGUGUCGGAAGUGGAUAUAAUAAACGACUGCACAGAAACCCCUCCUCCUCUAGCAUCACUGAAUGUUAUCAAGCUUGCCACUCGAGCACGGACGGAAAAGGAAGACAAGUUGUCCCAAGCAUAUGCAAUUAGCGCUGGGGUUUCUGUGGAGGGCCAGCAGCUUUUCCAGACUAUACACAAAACCAUCAAAGACUGUAAAUGGCAGGAGAAGAACAUAAUUGUGAUGGAUGACGUCGUAAUCUCGCCGCCUUACCAGGUCGAGAACUGCAAAGGCAAGGAGGGAAGCGCUUUAAGUCACGUACGCAAAAUAGUUGAGAAACAUUUUAGAGAUGUGGAAAGCCAGAAGUCCGUGCAGCGGUCACAAGCACAGCAAACACAGAAGGACUCCACUUUAUCAUCUUGAGCCAGUGGUUGGGCUUGGGGAAGACGACAGAGGCCGUUUAUUUCCGCUUCCAGUCGAGGCCAGCAUCCCUCACCCUCAUGCCUGCGGCAGUGAGGAGAGCUGAGGGCCUUCGGUCUGGGAGACCGAAAACAUUUAAAGAAAAAGAAAAAAAAAAGAGGAAAAGGUUAAAUUCUCAAUUUAGACUUUUUAAAGAUAAUUUAAAGAAAAAACAACCCCCCACAAAGUUUCCUUGACUAACUUUUCGCCCCCCCCUCCCUCCCCCAAACCUGCCUUUUUUUUCUCCCUGUCAUCCUCCCUUCACCCCUUCUUCCAUUCCCUCUGAAAGAGAAAGAUAGAGCAGUCAGAACCUUGUUAGCUUUUUCUUUGUUUCCUUUUUGCCGUAUCCAUGUUCAACAAGUUUCUGCAUUUUCUGUAUUUUAAAACAAAAUGUGACUUAAAAUGACACACUUUAAAAAGGACAUUUUCUAAAAUAAAAGUAACAAAAAUUC